GGUUUUGUAGACCGACAUGAACACCGACUGGCCUGACCUUGUCACCACGGUGGCUGCUUGUUGUGGUGGUGGUGCUGGCUGCUCGCCUGAGGAGGAGAAGCAGGCAGGGAUGGCGAUUGAAUCAUGCAUGGUGUUUGGACAAGAAGAGAGAGAGAGUAGGGAUGGCAAAUUGAGGGAAAAGGAGAGAGCUUUUGGGUCAAGAAAGUUGGGGAGAGAAAGAAGAGAUCCAAGAACUUGGAACUGUGGUAUUGAGGAAGGGAAAGGAAAACAGGUUUUAUACUAGAGAGUAAAGGAGGGAAACACCCACCACUAAACCAAGUUUCCAUGCAAGGGAGAGAGCAUGUGGGGUGGGGCAAGAGGCAGGAACCAAGCAGCUGGAAUAUGAUUAGGGGAGAGGAACCUUGAGAUGGAAAACCUCAGGAAUCUAAGGACUCUCAAUGUACAGAUGGCUAUUUCUCCGGCACUGGUUCCCGAUUUGAGAACAACCAUCGACGACGGAUAUUACUGCACAUAGAAGCAUAAAUCCUAGCACUGGUGUUGGAAUUCGUUCAUAGGAAUGCAACUGCAUCACUCUUCUUCUUCUUCUUCUUCUUCU